CCUGUGGUUAAUCUUUGUGUUUAGUUCAGUUUGGAAGCUAUCACGUCAAGAAUGGCAGCUCUUUCAUCUGGCUUCAACGUUUUGCUCUUCUUCGCUAUAAUAAUUUUUACGAAACUAGUUGAUGCAGCAGUCAAAGAAACUGUGAUACCUGAAAUAAGCAAUGGAAGAAUCGAAGCAACACACGGUGGAAAAGUGAUCAACUUUUUUUGGACUGGGUGUAACAGCCCAGACUGCGAGACAACUUUAGUGGCUACAUUCGAAGGUGGACAAUACACAGGUAGCACUGUCGGCCAUGCCCUUCAAAGAUACCAUCCAUACUUGACGCCAGACAAUAAAUCUCAUGUGGAAUGUUUCUAUGAUGCGUCACUAGAUCCAGAUGAUGGUAGUAAGAGUACUCCCUGUAAAUACCAGGGAUCAAAAAUGAAGAGGAAAAUUAGGUAUAUCAAGACCUUUAAAAUCAUAUCUGUGACCAUCAGUAUAUGUAUCAACCAAACAUGCAGUGGAAUAAAAGAAUAUAAAUUUGUAAACCCAGCUAGGAAUCCUUGCUACUUCAACAAUCCUUGUAUGAACAAUGCCAAGUGUAAUCCAGGUGUUCAUAAAUACGACUGCACUUGUACUCCUAAAUGGGCUGGCAAAAACUGCACAAUGCAGAUGCCACCCGGCUUUAACUACACAGCCGGCAAGUGCCUGGACUACGAUGCUAAGAUAAAAGUGAUAUUCGUCAGUUCUGCAAAGGAAUGCGGUAGCCUGUGUGCUGCUAUGAAUGACACAAGCAAAACUCUGUGCAAAUCGUUUGAGUUAAAAAGUCUUCCAACGAAUGACCAGAAAAAUUGCACACUUCGUGACUCUAACAGCCUCACGCAUCGCUUGGUCACGUGUGAUAGUGAUUACUUCGAAGCAACGGCUUUUAGCAGCCGCCCCAUGCCAUCAACUGCGACCAAUUCAGCACAAAUCCCCUACCUCCUGCUACUCAUCUCUGUUGCUUGGUUACUUUGACGUAAACAAAAGGAAAGUAAAAUCGUCGUACAGUAGUCAGUAAAUAGGACUUUUCAAGCAAACAGUCACGUGCUGAUAUAUAACUUUGAUAACGAAUCACUCAGCUCAAGGUGUCGCUCAAGGUCCUUUGGGGAAUGCUCUACUGGAUGGCAAACAAACUUUAAACUACUUCGUAUCUUGAAAUCGAAAGGAAAAAAAGGAUUUUAGAAAAGACAUUAGCAAUCCAGCAAAAAAAUCUUUAAAUAAAGGAAGUUCAAUUUUUUUUGCCAUCUAGUAACAAUCGCGUGUCAAUCUAUUGCAAAAGGUCUAUAGACCGUUUUCUCAAGGUUACGUUCGCAUCCAACUUGACGGGCCACAAAACUGAAAAACGCAAAUUCGUCAGUCAAAUUGAGAAGACAGUUUUAUAUUUAAAAACGAGAAUAAUUGAUUUUAUGAAUUCUUAUCGAAAAAAAUUUCUUAGCAAUGCAUGAUUAUACUCCUGUUCUGGUAUCGUGGCCCGUCAAGUUCCUUAAAUUUGAAUGCGCACGCAACCUUGAGAAAACACUCUUUUGCUGCCUACGUCGUGAGAGAUGUAAUGGACUGAUAUAGUCAAGAUAGUCCUAAAAAAUUAUUCAUAAAGUUGUUUUUUUUUAAUUUUUAAGCAUAACAUUUAAUAAGAUAUAGCCUAGCAGACAAUAUGUAAAUAACGUUUUUAAUGUGUACAUUGUCCAUGCUUCCAGUGGCCUAUUACUACAAUUGCAUGCACAGGCGGGAGUCAUUACCUUGGGCGUAGUGUUUUGCCAUUUGAGACCACAUGUCAUUCCCUAGAGUAUCAUUACUUUAUUUAACAGUCAGUUUCGCAUGAGAUCUAUUGUUUUGUUUUCUUACCCCUCUCCCCAGUUCCCCCUACUUAGGGCUCGGUCAAACGAUACACACGAGUCCUGAAGCUGGAUGGGGUAGCGCGCGCAUUUUGGCACGAAAAACUCCCGCUAAAUCAAUUCAGGUUUAUCGAUAAACAUAUACACGCAGUGCACAACUUUAAUUUUCUAUGACACUAAGUUAAUUCGGGCUUUCUCCUAUUCCCCCUGCACCGUCCCAAUGUAAUCGAAUCCCGUGCAUAUCGUUUUAUUGGCCUGGAUGACGUAGAGCCUUGAGUGCACUUGACAUAAUAAAUGUAUUAAAUUUGAGAAAAUAUCAUGAUAAUAAAAUUAUAAGGAAUUUUUA